AAGGAAGCCGCGCCCCUUCCCGACCCCGGCACUCUGGCGAAUAUCCGCUUCCGGUUCCCAAGCUUUACCGGCGGUACGCCGGCCUGGAGGUGGUGCGUCCGGCCCGCUGGGCCUCCCCAGAGAUGGACAGUCGCAUCCCUUAUGAUGACUACCCGGUGGUUUUCUUGCCUGCUUAUGAGAAUCCCCCAGCGUGGAUCCCACCUCAUGAGAGAGUGUACCACCCAGACUACAACAAUGAGCUGACCCAGUUUCUGCCCCGAAUUGUCACACUGAAGAAACCUCCUGGGGCUCAGUUGGGGUUUAAUAUCCGAGGAGGAAAAGCCUCGCAGCUAGGCAUCUUCAUCUCCAAGGUGAUUCCUGACUCUGAUGCACAUCGAGCUGGACUUCAGGAGGGCGACCAAGUCCUAGCUGUGAAUGAUGUGGAUUUCCAAGAUAUUGAGCACAGCAAGGCUGUUGAGAUACUGAAGACAGCCCGUGAAAUCAGCAUGCGUGUCCGCUUCUUCCCCUAUAAUUAUCAUCGCCAAAAAGAAAGGACAGUACAUUAGAGAUUUGCAUCCCAGAACCCUCCAUGAAUAAUCUGCCAGGAUAAGCUGGCCAGGUCCAAAGGAAGCCACUUGAGACAUUCUCUCAAUCUCUCCCUGACAUAGUGGAGUGGGAACAUCCGGGCAGCUAGCCAACUGUCACCCAAACCGUAUUGUACUUUCAGUUCCCUAGUUUGCUAGGUGAGCUUCAUUCCCUGAAUGGGAAAAGGUGAUGGUGUUUAGGUAGAACCUAGCGUGAGGGUAACCCCGCUGGCAAAGGCAACUAACAUUUUUAUUGGAUACCAUGUGCUAGGACUUACCCAUGUCCUAUCAUUUUAAUUAUAGAAAUCAUUAGAAAAAGAAUCUUGGGGACCUUCCAUCUGAUUUGCCUAGGCAUCUCAUCCUUGCCAGAGGUCUCAUACACUUGAGAGACUCUCAUGAGAUGCCUGCCCCUUCCUCUUCUUCCUGUUCUUGCAAGCCAAAAAAAAAAAAAGUAAAGCACAAUGCUGAAGAAAUGUUGGUAUGAUUUUUGAAUGUUACUU